AUGGGGGACUGCAAAAAUCGUCUGCUGCUGUUGAUCGGCUCUGGUCCUGGUCUUGGACGCGCGGUGGCUUCACAUUACGCGCAGCAGCAUUUCAAUCGCGUCGCUCUGAUCGCCCGAAAUGUCGAGCAGCUCGCCAAGGAUCGCGUAGCUGUGGAGAAAGCAGCCACCAGCGUCGGCCGGAAGGUGGUCGUCCAAACAUGGCAGGUUGACGUUUGCGACAUCAAGCGGCUAGAGGAUGCCUUGAAGGAGAUCAACCAGUUUGGGAGCUUGGAAUGUGUGUAUUACAACGCUGCGCGCGUUGGGGUCAGUCCGUUGUUCACAGCUACCACCGAGACCAUCGAGACUGACUGGCGGGUGGCCAACCUCGCCCUGUACGUAACAGCCCGCUGGGCAAUGCCCAUCCUGCUCGACAAGUCGCGGUCGCGGUCACUGUGCAACUGGAAGCCCUCGUUCCUCGUAACCAGCAGCGUCCUACCUGUCGAGCCGAUCCCGGAGCUCUUUUCGUUGUCCAUGGCCAAGGCCGCGCAGGCUAAUAUGGUCAAGUCGCUGCAAAAGACUUAUUCCUGCCUUGGGAUCCACGUAGGUCUGGUCGUGGUCGGCGGUGCUAUGUCCGACGAUAAGCUCCUCUCGCCGACAGUCGUCGCAGAACAGGCAUGGCUGCUUUUCGCACAGAAGCCUGGAAGCUGGACGACGCAGGUGACUAUUCGCGAGGAUCGGAGCGUCUAUUGGAGUGAGACGAUCUGA